AUGGCCAUUAUCAAGUCUCUUCUCGCCCUCACCCUGCUCCUGGGCUCGUCUAUGGGAGCCCCUGUUGCUGGCAACAAGACUGCCACCAACGGCGUUGGAAGCACUCCCGCACAGGUCCGCUUGAUCAUCUCAACAUCUCUCGAAAACUUUGUACUGACGACGAUUAUNCAGAGACAUGUCAUCUCAGUUAGCGAAGCUGAGACCAUCAUUGCUGCUGCAGUGAGAGAGGCCAACACUGUCAUUCCCGAAAACAUUGCCAUCGUCGACCCUGCUGGCAUGUUGGUCGCUUUCCACCGCAUGGACAAUGCUUUCCCCGGCAGCAUUGAUAUCAGCAUCAAGAAGGCCCGCACCACUGUUCUGUUCAAUGGUGCUUACUCAACAGCUGACCUGACUCCCGCCGCGAAGGGUCCUCUUUACGGUUCGUGUCCUUCGUUUGAAAGUCUGUUUUCACACGAGCUAAUUGUAUGUUCAGGUGUCGAAGAGACCAACGGUGGUCUUGUCGUCUUUGGUGGCGGUCUGCCUCUUUACAAGGAUGACUACCUUAUCGGUGGUAUUGGUGUCAGCGGUGGCUCAGUUGACCAGGACGUGCAGGUCGUUAAGGCUGCCGUUGACUGGUUCAGCAACGCAACUCUGACCGCCUACUAA